AUGUAUCCGAUUUGUUCAAGUUAUUUUAUUGAACAAGAAUGGAUUAAAUCAUUAUAUUUUGAAAAUGCAAGUCAAUAUGGAGUUUGGGAUUUUCGAACAACAGCUUAUUCACAAUUUGAAAUUUUAUCAAAAUUUUGUUUACUUUCCAAAGAAAUUCUUAAUGAAAUUCGCCUGGAUAUAAAUAAAACCAAACUUGUUACUUUUUCUGUACAUUCGGAAAAGGAAAUUGAAAUUGAAAUCAAUAGAAAAAUUGAUUUUCUAAACAAAAGUAUGUCAUAUCGAAUCAUUUCAUUUUUACAUUAUUUAAAAAAUACAAUACAAACACAUCGUUUUACUUCAUCAUUGAAUACAAAUUCUAUGAUAUUAACACGUGAAUCAGAAGAUGAUGAUGAUGAUCAAUUUUUAAAAUUAGAAUCACAUGAUGUUUCUUAUGAUUCGAAUAAGGGACACAAAAUAUGUAGUAAAUACAAUUCAUUAAUAAAUGCAACAGUCUCUUCAGUUAAUUAUGAAACAAUUUUACCUCUUGUUAGAACUCGAAUGAAACCAAUGGUAAAUUCAACUAUUAUUAAUGGAUUUUACACAGGAUGUACUCCACUUGACGCAAUUCUUCAUAGUACAUUAGAUUGUUUAUAUGAUAUAACAUGUCUUCAGUUAUUAUUGAAGUAUUUUCCAAAUCUUAAAAAAAUAAAUUUUAAUCCAAAUAGUUCAAUAUUAACAUCAGAAUAUGAAUAUAUUUCAAUAAAUGAAUCAUUAAAUAAUCUUUUUAUCAAAAAUUGGUCAAAAAAUAUAAAUUAUUUCAAAUAUUUUAAUGAAUGUUCACCAUUAUCAUGUUCAUAUUCGAUGAAAGAACGAACUGAAUUAUCUUAUUCAAUAACUCUUUUUAUAAGUCUUUAUAGUGGUCUCAUUAUUAUUCUUCGUCUUGUUUCAUCAUUUACAAUCGAUUUUAUCACAAAAUUAAGAUUUUUUUUUCAAAAAACGAAAUCAAAAUUCAAACAGCUAUUCCUCGUAUACGAUCAUAUUGUUUUCUUUUUAUUAUCAGGUUCAAUUUGUGUUCUAUGUUUAUUUACAUCAUUAAAUGAUGAAAUCUUAACAAUAACUGUUCGAAAUAUAUCAAUAAUAGAAUAUAAAUCUUUAGAAAUUCGAUAUUCGAAUACACUUCGAUGUCCAUGUUUAAAUAAGGGAAUAAUGUAUAAAAACUUUCUUUCAAUAUCACCACGUUUUCAUCAAAUAUGUUCAAGUGGUUUCGUUAAUGAUUAUUGGAUUUAUUUAUUAAAAGAAGGAGUUAAUUCAGUGGUUUAUAAUGAUUGGCGUAAUGGUGCCUAUGCACAAUUUCAAUUAUUAAGAGAUUUUUGUAAAUUAGCUGAUGAAACAAUAGAUGAUUCAAUAAAACGAUAUCUUUCACAAUUAUUUAUUAGUUCAUCUAUAAUAAAUCAAAAUGAUUUUAAUAAACAAAUUAAUUCAAGUCUUAAUCAAUUUUAUAAAUCAAUAUCUUUUCAUUUUCAAUUAAUGAUAAAUAUUUCACAAUUAUUAAUGCAAAUUGAUCAAUUUUAUACAAGUGCAUAUGGAGCAGCUGGUUAUGAAUCGGGUAUUAAUUUAAUUCAAAUUGAUAAAUUUGAUGCAACAAUCAAAAAUAAAACGAUAAACUUUCAAUUUCUCUUAAAUGGAAUUCAAGAGAUUGAUUCAAAUAAGCUCUCAUGUAUUUGUGCUACAAAUCCCAAUUGUGAAAUGUCAUCGGUUAUAUAUUCAUUUGGUUUGGCAACUAAUCCCAAUAAUGGCAAAAUACCUGCUCAUAAUAUAUCAGGUUGGAUUCAUCGAUGUACACAUAUGAAUUCUCUUCUUUAUUCAACAUUGGAAUGUUUUUAUGAAGAUUCAGAAUGUUUUCCAUUUGUAUUACGACAUUUAGAUAAACAACUUGAAAAUGUUCAUUUCUCAUUAUCAAAUUCAAUUGAACCAUUAAUUUCUAAUCAAAAUCUCAGUCAAUUUUCUCCUAAUACAACAAUUUCAAAUAUAUUUAAAGAAAUAAUGAUUGAAGAAUGGAAUAUAUCUUUAUUUUAUGACCUAUUUUAUAAAGAAUGUUCACCAAUCCAUUGUACUUAUUCAAAAAAAGUUCGUAAAGAAAAUUUUCUUGGAGUAAUAAUAAUAUUAAUAUCAAUGAUUAAUGGAAUUAUGGUUUCAUUACGAAUUCUUACACCUCGUCUUAUUUUAUUUAGUUUCAAAUUAUUAGAAAUUUUAUCUAAGAAAAAACGAAAGCGACGAAUUCAACAAAAUCGUUCCAAUCGAAUAAAAAGAUUUCUAGAAAAUCUUUUGAAACUUUUUGUUAAAACUCUUUUUGAAUUGAAUAUUUUUUCGUCACGGGAUUUUGGAUAUGACACUGAUCGAUUAAUAUCUAUAAAAUAUGGUCAAUGGGCAACUCGUCUUUAUAUGUUUUCAUUUAUUUUCACAAUAACAAUUCUUUUCUUUUACACAAACAUUCAAUCACGUAUUGUAACAAAAAAUUUUGAUAAGCCGGAUUUAAACUCUUAUGAAAAAUUACGAGAAAGUUAUGGAAAUAAAUUACAAUGUUUAUGUUCAAAAAUAGCAUCAACAUACAAUGACUCGCUCAAAAUUGAAACCAGAUUUCAUCCGAUUUGUUCAAGUCAAUUUAUUGCUGAGGAAUGGCGAAUUUCUUUAACCAAUGGUUUAAUUUCAAAUUUAUCAAUUUAUCAUGAACGAGAUUAUCGUCGAUUUCUUUCAGCUCAUUUACAAUAUCUUCAAGGUUUAUGUCAAAUCUCACAAAACGUAGUUUAUAAUUCCAUAAAUGAACUUCUUUCAUCAUUAUUAAUAACAAUUGAACUUUUACCUAAAGAAAAUUUCGAACAUCGUCUAAAUAUUCUUAUCGAACAAAGUCAAAGUAAUUCUCCUAUUUUACUUUCAUACUUUCUUUCAAUGACUCGUAUAAUUAAUCAUGGAAAUGCCUUUCUAUCAACAUAUGGAACAAAUUUUCUUUAUAAAACAAGAAUAAAUCGAAAUCCUCGUAGUUAUCUCUAUACAGAAUCAAUUACUUAUGACAAUCAAUGUUCAUGUGGAAUGUUUUCAAAUUGUACAAGUCAAGCUUAUUUUCUUGAAGAAAAUUCUUCAUUUCCAAUCAAAGGUAUGAAAAUGGGUUGUACACCAAGUGAAUCAUUUCUUGAGUCAACUCUUGAAUGCUUUUAUGAUCAAUCUUGUCUUAACCUUAUUUAUCAAUAUACAAAUUUGUCAAAUUCUUCAAUUGCAUUAAAUACAUCAAUUGAUUUUUUACCAAAUCUUACAAUUAAUGAAUUAAUUCAUCAUUCAUUUAUCAAACAAUGGUUAAAUAUAACAAAUUAUUCUUCAUAUUAUAAUAUUUGUUCACCAUCAAUAUGUUCAUAUACUUCUCUUGAAAGAUUUAAUUUUUUAUAUAUUAUAACACUUUUUCUUAGUCUUCAAGGGGGUUUAACCUUAGUUUUUAAAUGGAUUUCACCAAAAAUAAUUCAAAUUAUCUUUACAAUCUAUAAUUAUUAUAAAACAAAACGAAAUUCUAUUUAUCCUAUUGUAAUCUUGUCAAAUAAUAUUAAUAUUCAAACAAGAGAACGAAGAAUAUCUGAAAACACACGAAUUAUUUUAUCAAUUCAACAUUAUUUAAAGAUAACUUUAUUAUUUAUAUUUUUAAUUGGAAUUCUGAUUAUUUUUUCAAUUUACUACGCAAAAACUAUUUCAACUAAAAAUGGUAUUGCUGAUAAUACAACAGCAAUAAUCAUGUCAACAUCUUCAACUAUAUCAGACUCAUUUUGUGAAUUGGAAUUCGAAGAAAUCUCAAUGAAUAUAUCAUGUAAUGAAACGAAUUUCAGAUUUCUCAUAAGCACUGGCCAUUUCAAUAAGGAUAAUUCCAUUGAUAUCAUAUAUUUAUGUGAUAAUUUAUUAAAUUCAAAAAUAUUUAUUCUAUUUGGUAAUAAUAACGGAACAUUUCAAAAAGCAAUAAUUAAUUCAUUUGAAAAUAUAAAUGAAAUUAAUCAUAUGAAUAUAAAUGAUUUUAAUAAUGAUAAUCAAUCUGAUAUUCUUUUAAUCUAUAAUAUGAAUAUGAAAUCAUAUCUCAUCGUUUUACAAGGAAAUACUAAUGGAAGAUUUGAAAAAAGUUUCAUACCUGUGGCACUAAAAAAUGAUCCACAAAAAAUUAGUGUUAAUCAUUUGAAUAAUGAUAAAAUACUGGAUAUUAUUAUGAUUAUGCCUGUAGAAGAGAAUAUUUAUGUCAUGUUCGGAAAUUCAAACGGAAGUUUUUCAUUAAAAUACGUUUUAUUUACAGCCUUGUAUUGUGAAUUAACGGAUUUAGUUGUUGGUCAUGUUAAUUAUGAUGAGUUUGUCGAUAUCAUUGUUUAUGAUGGUAAAUCAUCACAUAUUUAUGUAUUUUUUGGGACAAGCAAUGGAACAUUCCUAGUACAAAAAUCAUUUUUUACUUCAAUUGAUUCUGGUUUAAAUUAUAUUUCAAUUGAUUAUUUAAAUAAUAAUAAUAUUGUCUUUCUUUAUCAAUGGAAAGAUAUUAUUUACAUGACAUAUCAAUAUAAUAAUAAUCGUUUCAUUAGAAAUCAUAAAAUUAUUUUAGAAUCAAUUGAAAAAUUAAUUUCAGUUCUUAUGAUUGAUAUUAAUCAUGAUAAUCAUUCGGAUAUUAUUGGUUUAAGCCGUUCACAUGGAAUUUAUGGAUUAUUUUCAUAUGAAAAUGGACAAUUUAAUUCGCAAAAAAUCUAUGCAAAAGAAAUUGAAAGUUAUUUUGUAUCACUUCUUAUUAAUGAUAUUAAUAAUGAUAAUUAUCAAGAUAUGAUUACUGUUGAUCGUCAAACAAUGUCAAUUUAUAUAUUAUUAAAUAAAAACAACUGUUUAUAA